GGCCGGAGCGCCAUGUUUCACGCAGACAGCUGGCAGGAGGGGUCGCUAGCCCCGCCGCAAUCAAAGCACUGCUAAUAGCAUACUUUGCCCCCUCAUCACCUCGCCUGAUCACCUCGAAAGUGCUCGACCGCUUUUAUCAGGUAUUCUUGGUAUGCUUUAUUGAAUCACAAAUGUUAUUCCUGGUUGUCCAGGUUUUGACAUCACUUUGAGUUUUUUGGAAGUUGUGAUUCUUCACAGUCCAACUGCUCAGUGCCAUUCCUGUCCUGAGGCAACUCAAACAGGAUUUUUACUAGAACACACAAGUGCCUAUUCUUUGUUCAGGGGGCUCCUGAGAAGGACGCUCUCCUUUUAAUAAAUAUUCAAAAUAACCACAUUGAAAUUACCUCAUUAUCCUAAACAUGGAAAGUGGAAGCUUACCAAACGGACUACCAAGAGACUACGGCGGAUACAAUAUCGGAAAGGCCAAACUAUACAGCAUCAAAAAUACACCUAUGAAUGCAACGGAAUUGAAUGCGUUAAAAUGCUCAAUGUGUACACUACUACUGAGGGAUCCAUGCCAGGUUAUUACUUGCGGUCACCGCUAUUGCAAGACAUGCAUAGAUCAAUUGACAAGUGGAGGUGAGGGCCAAUACUCAUGUCUGCUGGAUAAAGAAGUUUUUGAAAUAAACAAGGUCAAAAGUGAUAAAGGUUGUCUGAGGGACUUGCAGACUUUGGAAGUUGAUUGUCCUAUGGACCUGCAAUGCAACUGGAGGGGAAAACUGCUAGAUGUUGACGUCCAUAAGGAAUGCUGUCCAAAUAGAAGAAUGGUGUGUAUUCAAGGUUGUGGUGCUUUGCUUGUGGCCAAAGAGAUUGAAGCUCACCUAACAUCUGAGUGUUCAAAGAGGCCUUGUACAUGCAAGCAUUGCAAGAGACCUAUACCUUUUGAUACAAUGGAGGAACAUUAUGGGGUGUGUGAAGAGCGCCCUGUUUCUUGUAAAUUCUGUGAGAAACAACUCACUGCUAGGAAACUGCUAUCAGCACAUCUGGAGCAAGAUUGUGAUGAGAAUUGUAUGGAGUGCCAGCAUUCCUCAUGUGACUUCAAGGGACGCAGAUGUGAAAUGGUUCAGCAUUUGGUGGCAAAACACCUCAUUCAAUCUUUUAGGCUCAUGGUUCAAACUGGGGAAAAAGUGCUUGUGGUGGAAGCUGAAAAUAAAGCCCUCCGCGAGGAUGUAAUUUUAAUUAGAGCUGAAAACAAAACACUUCGCCAAGAGCUAAGUGAAUGCCAGAGCUCGCUCUCUGAUCUUGAAGGCAAAACAAAUCAGUUAAUGACAGAAAAUCAGCAAAAAGAUGUCACAAUUACUUCACUCAAAAGUAUCGUUGAAGAGCUGCAAAAGGAGAGAGAUGAACGGGAUUUGGCUCUAGUCAAAGGUGGAAAUUUCGGCGAUGCAGUUGAAAGCGAUGGGCCGACAAAUGUCCCUUCGCUUCCAACAAAAGUAAAGCUAGUUAAUCAGCCUGAUUUGUUCAAUGCCUUGCCAUCCCAGUUAAAGGCGCUGAACGGCCCUGUACGUGAGCAGCUAUUCUCUCUUACUGGAGUCCCCGAUGUCACCCGACCAGUUGGAGUAGAGCUGAGUCGUGUAAAACAAGAAGUUGAGGCAGUUCAGUCUACCUUGCACAAGCUGAAUGAUAUCGUGCAGGCUACUCAAGACAACCAGACCCGAUAUGGUGUCGCAAUAGAUGAUAUUCGUUUGAGGCAAGAUAUUCUCGACGUCAAGACAACAAAUGGGAUACUGAUUUGGAAGAUUCCCGAUAUUCGUAGGCGAUACCGAGAUGCGAUUGAUCGACGUACCAUCAGUCUUUAUUCUCCUCCAUUUUACACCAGUCCCCACGGCUACCGGAUGUGCAUCCGUACCUACCUCAACGGAGACGGAAUCGGCAAAGGCACACAUAUUUCCUUGUUUUUCGUUGUUAUGCGGUCAGAGCAUGAUAAUUUACUCCCCUGGCCUUUCAAGCAAUCGGUUCGUUUUACUCUAAUCAAUCAGAAAAAUCCACCUGCCAGCAUUACGGAAGCAUUCGUUCCAGAUUUAAAAAGCCCCUCAUUUCAUAAGCCAGAGAAUGAUAUGAACAUUGCUAGUGGAUUUCCAAAAUUUGCUCGCCAAGGUGUCCUGAAUGAUGACAAUUUCACGCUGGGGAACAUGAUUUAUAUCAAAUGUCAAGUUGAUCUCACUGGACUUCCAGUGCAGUAAAAGCUAUUUUUCACAUCAUGGUCAGUAUUUUCUAAUGUUAAAUAUUGUCUGAUGUUUUUGUUAAGAUGGUAACCAUGUAAAUUCUAAGCAAAGUUGUUUUAUUUCAACGUUAUGUUUUCCCUUUUUGAUUUAUUUUUUACAGUUUACUUUAGCACUGUUUUCCCUUCAUCUCUAUAUAUAGUGUAAGUCAAUUUUCUGUGCUUUUCUUAUGCUUUUUGGGGUGCAAGCUAGAGAACUAGCUUGUUAUGUUGGUACCAGUACUGGUACAUUGUUUCAGGGGGGAUAGCAUUUAUUUUGUAGACAAUUAGAGUUCACCGUAGGCGUGGUAAUCGUGCUAUGGUGCAAAACGCUGAGAACGCAACACAUGCUGUAUAAAACAGUGAACCACGUCCGUUAUAGCAACAGAGGCCCAACCGUUCACCUGGGGUUCAAACCACAGGAAGGGGAGGUGGGGACGUUUAUUCGGUAUUCACAAAUUUCCAUGGCAAAGAAAUAUUUAUAGGGUGGCACCUUGGUUCACGUGUGAUAAUGAAUCAGCACACGAGAAGUCAUACACCUCUAACUUGCUAUUAUUGGCAGCAAUAAUCACCUCUUUUAGUUUAAUGUGCAAGAUGACUUGUUCUAUUGUGUGGUCAUCUUUACACCAUUCAGUUUGUUUUGAAGUGCUAAUUAGUGGCAGUAAACAAACUCUUCUGAUAUAAUCAUGUACUCAAAACUCUCACAGGCAGUUUUGUCGAAAGUAUAUAGCCUGCAAGCAAGCAAGCAAGCAAAAUUGAGUGUGGAGUAGCCAUUCAGUGGAGUUUUUGAGACAUUAUCUUGGUUGAAGGAGAUGAAGGACACCAGCUCAUGCCAAGACACUGAGAUGUCUGCUAUUAGUGCAAGUACAGAGUUGAAGCUAAGCAAUGAAGCAGAUGUAGAAAGUGGGCCAGCCUCAGAUAAACACAGAGGUGUGUAUGUGGCAGGUGGAAACAAAAAGUGGAGAAAUCUUCGUAAAUGCCUUUUAAGGAAAUCUUGUGCCGUCUACACAUUAAUCAUAGCUUUUAUUUGGCUGCUGUACACUCUACCGAUUAUUCUCUUUUCUUCAGUUAAUGCAACGUUUAAUCGAAAUGACAUGGAAAGUGUCAACAACACUAAAGGCACAGUGACUGAUUGCUCUCGUAAUUUCUUCCUGGACAACAGCUCUGGUCUGUGUAGACCAGAGUGUGGGGAGUGGGAUCAGUACUCACCAGCCACUCGCAGAGCUGUCUAUGGUGUCAACAUCACCUUUGCCCUUUUGACCAUCAUUGUAUGCAUGGUGGCAAUUGUGUGGUCCAUAUUUCGACAUAAAAUCAUGUUUCACUACCCUAAUAUCAUCCUGAUAUACAUUACUUUGACUCGCAUUGCUCUAUGCAUCCUCCACCUGGUGGGGUA